GGUAGGAAACAGAGGCAGGGUGGAUAAGUGCCUUCUCCUGUGGGAAGCUGACUUUGGUUGUGAUGCCGUAAACUACCAAGCUGAGCUGGACCAUGCUGGAGCAGGAUUCUGCUAGUCAGAGCUGUGGUUUUGGCAGGGUGGGGGGGCCACAGCCGCAGAGGACGCUCUACCGUUAGCCAUGAGUCUGGCGUGGCUCCCGCGCGGCUGCUGCGCCGGCUACCCCAGCUGGCAUCGCUGCAGGCUGGCUGGGACAGGCAAGAUCGCGGCCUCAGAUGGUUGCAGGCAAGGGGGAGGCAGCAGCGACGGUGGGGGGGCCAGGAUCCAGCUGAGGGGGCUGGACACCGAACACCUGAAAGGCAGCCUGGUGGUCCUCUACGCACCUGCUGGGAACUCCUGUCUGCUCAGAUUGAGCUCAGGGAUGGAGGAGAUGGUCUGGGAGCAGUACACAGUCAACCUGCAGCGGGACUCCAAGAUGGGUUUUGGCAUCGCUGUGUCAGGUGGGCGGGACAACCCCAACGUGGACAAUGGUGAGACGUCAAUCAUCGUGUCAGACGUGCUGCAGGGAGGACCAGCUGAUGGAUUACUCUUUGAGAAUGAUCGUGUCAUUCAGGUCAACUCCAUCCCCAUGGACAACGUGCCUCACUCCUUUGCUGUGCAGUCCCUUCGUAAAUGUGGUAAAGUGGCUAAAAUAACGGUGAAGAGACCUCGUAAGGUCCACUCACUGAAGCAGCCCCCCUCCCCAGGCGGAGACAGUCGGGAGUACGCCCCCUCCACCCACUACUACGACGCCGACAAUGACAACGGCUGGUACCGCGACGAAGGCCGGGACCACAUCGCGGACAGCAAAGGAUACCUGGAGCCCGAGUACAGAGGAGGGCGGGACACCAACCAGAGAGGAAGGAGCCGCGGGAGGAGCCAUGAGAGAAGCUCGCCCAGCCCGGAGAGAUCCCGCAGGGAGGGCAGCCGGGGGCGCGCCCUGGACACCAGCGCCGACCGCCAGCGGUACCCCAGCCGCGGCCGCAGCCCCGGGGACAGCUACCGCAUGGAGGACAAGUAUGAGCGGGGCGAAGGAGGAGGAGGAGGAAGAGGAGGCAGGUACAGCAGCAGGGACCAGCUCAACGACAACCCACCAUCCCCAGAAGCUUCCAGAGCGCUGGAGCCGCUGGACAAACCCGUCAACGUCCUGCUGGUGAAGAACAGACCCAGCGAAGAGUACGGUCUGCGUCUGGGGAGUCAGAUCUUCAUCAAACAGAUGACCAGCACAGGCCUGGCUGCCAAAGACGGGAACCUGCAGGAGGGAGACAUCAUUCUCAAGAUCAAUGGGACAGUGACGGAGAACCUCUCUCUGCACGAUGCUGGGAAGCUUAUAGAGAAGUCGCGGGGGAAGCUGCAGCUGGUGGUCCAGAGAGACCGCCGUCAGAUCCUGGUCCGCAUCCCCCCCCUCGCAGACUCUGACUCUGAUAAUGAUGACAUAUCAGAGAUGGAGUCAUACCAUUCCUAUUCUCCCCCAGAGGAGAGGAGGUCCCGCCAGUCUGACCUGUCCUCCCACUCUUCUAAUGAGAGAGACAACCCCAGGGAAGAACCCAUGAGAACAGCCAAGAUGUCAGCCAUGGCCUCCCCAUUCCGAGUCCCUGAGGACCCCCAGGCGUCUGCUGAGCUGAGCAAAGACACCGCGCACAUUGAGGAGCCUCCAGUUGCUGUAACAGCCACGCCCAAGAUUCUCCUCCGACCAAGUCCAGAAGAUGAAAAAAUAUAUGGGCCCAACACAGUGAUGGUGAAUUUCCAGAAGGGAGACAGUGUGGGGCUGAGGCUAGCAGGAGGAAAUGAUGUCGGCAUCUUCAUUGCUAGUGUUCAAGAGGGCAGUCCUGCUGAGGAAGAGGGCCUGCGCAUCGGAGAUCAAAUCCUAAAGGUGAACAAUGUCGAUUUUCAAGGUGUAGUGAGAGAGGAAGCAGUGCUCUUCCUGCUGGAGAUUCCUAAAGGGGAAGUGGUCACCAUCCUGGCACAGAGCAAACCUGACGUCUAUAAUGACAUCUUGGUGUCGGGGCGGGGAGACUCCUUCUUCAUCCGGACUCACUUUGAGUAUGAGAAGGAGACUCCUCAGAGCCUGGCCUUCAGCCGGGGGGACAUCUUCAAGGUGGUGGACACCCUCUAUGAUGGCAAGCUCGGCAACUGGCUGGCAGUCCGUGUUGGCAAGGACAAGCAGCUGCUGGAGAAAGGCAUCAUCCCCAACAAGAGCAGAGCGGAGCAGAUGGCCAGUGUCCAGAACUCUCAUAAAGCUGUUGCGGGCGAUCGAGCGGACUUCUGGCGGUUGCGAGGUCAACGUUCUUUGAAGAGGAAGGACCUGAGGAAGAGCAGAGAAAACCUGAGCGGUCAGACACUGGCCACCCGCUUCCCAGCGUACGAACGAGUGGUGCUCCGAGAAGCGGGUUUCCGGCGUCCUGUGGUGCUGUUCGGCCCCAUCGCAGACGCAGCCAAUGAGAAGCUGGCCUCUGAGAUCCCCAACCUGUUUGUUAUUGCCAAAACCGAGCCUAAAGACGCCGGAUCUGAGAAGUCCUCAGGAGUGGUCCGCCUGAACACCAUCCGACAAAUCAUCGAGCAGGACAAGCACGCCCUGCUGGAUGUGACACCCAAGGCAGUGGACACCCUGAACUACACCCAGUGGUACCCCAUCGUCAUCUUCUUCAACCCCGACAGCAAGCACGGCAUCAAGGCCCUGAGACAGAGGAUCGCCCCCAACUCCAACCGCAGUGCCCGCAAACUGUACGAACAGGCCGUCAAACUGAGGAAGACCUGCUCUCACUUAUUCACUGCCACCAUAGAUCUGAACUCAGCCAACGACGCCUGGUACGGCAGCGUCAAAGACUCUAUCAGAGAGCAGCAGAUGCAGGCUGUGUGGGUUUCUGACGGCAAGCUGGAGGGAGUAGAGAGUGAUCUGGACUGCCAGGACGUGGAGCGCCUGUCCUUCCUGUCUGCCAUGUCGGCCGACUACCUCAGCAUGGACAGCCGGCUGACCUCUGACCUCGACGACACUGCCGACGAGGGCGGGGCCUACACCGACAACGAGCCCGACGCGGAGAUGAUGCACAUCUCCGCCAUCAGCCGCUCGUCUGAACCUGUCACAGCUGAGGAGAUCUUGCGCAGGUACAGUCCAGACAUCAGGAGUCGAUUGAGGAAAAUCAGCAGCCGUGACGUCCUCAACAGGUCCAGCCCUCCACCUGUCUUCUUACAAGACAGCAAGCUCUUUACCUCCACCCAAAGGAACAAACUGCCCUUCCCUUUGAGGAACGGCCUGAUAUGGAGAAACCACUCUCCCUGCAGUUCCGAGUCCUCCGACCUCAGCUCAGUGGACCAGAUGGGUACCCAGAAUCCCCCUCACUUAUUGGUGAAACUGUCUCUGAGGGACGACUCCAGCAGCCCACGCCAUCACCACAGGCAGCACCACCCUCCACCCCCCAGCUCCAGUCGAAGUUACGAUUCUCCGUCCAGCAGCAGCCCCGCCAGCAGCAACAACGACCCUCCGCCACUCAUCCCCCGGUCGGCUGCCUCCUCCGGCCCGCUCCCUCCGGCUCACCACUUCAACUCCUGUAGCAAACUGUGGCCCCCGGGAGCGCCCCAUUCCCCCGCCGCGCCCAGGCCCGGCAGUGGCGGGAACACGGUGGAGGCUUCACUUCACUCGCCCGUGCCUCUGCCCAGUGCAACGGGCUGUAGGCAGCAGGAGGAGGCAGCCAAGGACAGCCCUGUGGACGAUCCGUCCUUGAGGUCCUUCCUGGGGAAGAUCAAGGCCUUCGAGAAGAUGGAUCACUUCGCCCGAGCCCAAAGGAUGCUGGAACUGCAGGAGGCGCAGAAUGCCAGGUUGGAAAUUGCCCAGAAGCACCCAGACAUCUAUGCUGUUCCUCUGAAGACAGCCAAGCUGGAUCACAGUCGCCCACAGCCUAUCGGCUCCAGCUCCCGUCCUGAACCGCAGACUCCUCCGUCCUCCAAGGAGGGACGUCCCGUCUACCCCAGCCAAGAGGAGGCAGAGUCAGAGGCAGUGCCGGGAUACUACACCGCCAACUCCUUCCAGUACCAGGACACCCAGCUGUAGGCUCAGCACACAGCAGCUGUGGCCGCCCUCGGCUUCCUGGACGUACAUGUACACCACGCACUGCAUAAGCAGUCUAUUUACACACAUACCAUUCCAUCAUGCCCUGCACAAGUAAGCUGCUGACUUUGAACCGACUCUCGCUUCUUUGAUAUUAAGGGGGGGAAAAUUAUUUUUUUUGGUUCAUGGAAGUUAAAGCAAUCUGUGCUAUCCAUUUGGAUAGGAACACACUAUAUUAACUUUACUUUUGAUGUUGUAUUUGAUUGCUUUUUUCUUACCUACCACUUUUAAAGGUCAAAACUGAGUGAUUAGGAACCACUUGUUUUCUUGCCUAUGCAACUCUUCAGUUUUUUGCACAGCAACUGAAACUUAAUGCCACAAGUUUUGCCCUCACAAAAAACCUCAACAAACCUAAAAACCACAAUGCGCUUUAUCACAUCUAUUCCUUUCUUUUUUAAUCUCCUAUUAUUGCCAGCUAUAUAAUAUAUAUAUAUAUAUAUAUAUAAAUAAAUAAAUAUAUUAUUACAUACAACAAAUAUAUGUAUAUAUACAUAUAUAAAUGUAUUUAAAGUCAAGUGUUUAUACUCUGUAUUUGCAUUCCUUCGUAUAUGACAAUGCCUGUGUAUACAUACAGUAUAUAUCUAUAUAUAGUCUAUCUAGUAACACUGGAAUUUGUUACAAUUUUUUGAAGUGCCUUUUACUUUCUUAGUCCCAUGAGGUUCGGGUUGUCUUUCCUCCACCCCUCAGCCACCCAGCCGUACUAAAACCUCUGCUGCUGUCAAGCUUCAAGGGAAACCAGGGAACCAGUGACACCAAAUCUCAAUGCUGUCCCCCCUUCACACACCGUACCGUCUGCUGUCACCUCCAGGGGCAAAACACACACCCUGCAGCCAGUAUCUCAGCCAUGUGUAAGAAAGGGCAAACGCUGUCUGAUCUCUAGAGUCCAAUCAAGAACAAUAUCAGUCUAAUUAGAGUCUAAUAUUAGAGUCAAAGUUGUAAUCUGUAAAGGCCCUGUCACUCCAGCAUUAAACAGUCCAAAUUC